GCACCGCGGACAGCCCCGUCUGGGUGCGGUCCGGCGCCUGAAGGCAGGAUGGAUCAGUUAUCAGAUGAAGAAAUUGACCAUGGUGCUGAAGAAGACAGUGAUAAGGAAGAUCAGGACCUGGACAAAAUGUUUGGAGCCUGGCUAGGGGAGCUAGACAAACUCACUCAGAGUUUGGAUUCUGACAAGCCCGUGGAACCAGUAAAAAGAUCUCCUCUUCGUCAGGAAACAAAUAUGGCCAAUUUUUCUUAUCGCUUCUCCAUAUACAACUUGAAUGAAGCUCUGAAUCAGGGAGAAACUGUGGAUCUGGAUGCCCUGAUGGCCGAUCUUUGCUCCAUAGAGCAGGAGCUCAGCAGUAUUGGUGCAGGAAAUAGUAAGCGUCAAAUCACAGAAACAAAACCCACUCAGAAAUUACCUGCCAGCCGACAUACAUCAAAACAUGGCACUUUGAAAGGAUUGUCUUCAUCUAACAGGAUAACUAAACCAUCACAUGCCAACUACUCCCUGGAUGACAUCACUGCACAGUUAGAACAGGCUUCCUUGAGCAUGGAUGAGGCUGCUCAGCAAUCUGUACUAGAGGAUACUAAGCCCUCAGUAACUAAUCAGCACAGAAGAACAGCAUCAGCAGGCACAUUGAGCGAUGCUGAAGUGCGCUCUGUUAGUAACUCCUCUCGUUCCAGCAUCACCUCUGCAACCUCCAGCAUGGACUCUUUGGAUAUUGAUAAAGUAACACGCCCUCAAGAACUGGAUUUGACACAUCAGGGGCAGCCAAUUACUGAGCAUGCUAUUUCUCUGAGAUGUUCCAGCAAGCAGGCCAAGCAUCAUAUUGACUUCACAGAAGAGCAGGCUGAGCUGACACCUCACUCCUAUCUGGACAGGGAAACCUCCCUUCUUCUGAGAAACAUUGCAGGAAAACCUUCUCAUUUGCUGACCAAGGAAGAACAGGCAGCAAAAUUGAAAGCUGAGAAGAUCAGAGUUGCCCUGGAGAAAAUUAAAGAGGCACAAGUGAAAAAGUUGGUGAUUAGAGUCCACAUGUCUGACGAUAGUUCUAAAACAAUGAUGGUGGAUGAGAGGCAGACAGUGAGACAAGUGCUGGAUAACCUAAUGGACAAAUCCCACUGCGGUUAUAGUUUAGACUGGUCGCUGGUAGAAACCAUCUCUGAAUUACAAAUGGAGAGAAUCUUUGAAGACCAUGAAAACUUGGUUGAAAAUCUUCUUAAUUGGACAAGAGAUAGCCAAAACAAGCUUGUAUUUAUGGAACGUAUAGAAAAAUAUGCACUUUUCAAAAACCCACAGAAUUAUCUUCUGGGGAAAAAGGAAACUGCUGAGAUGGCAGAUAGAAACAAAGAAGUGCUAUUGGAGGAAUGUUUUUGUGGAAGUUCUGUAACUGUACCAGAAAUUGAAGGAGUCCUGUGGUUGAAAGAUGAUGGCAAAAAGUCGUGGAAAAAGCGUUAUUUUCUCUUGCGAGCAUCUGGUAUCUACUAUGUCCCUAAAGGAAAAGCAAAGGUCUCUAGGGAACUGGUAUGCUUUCUCCAACUGGAUCAUGUCAAUGUUUAUUAUGGACAGGACUACCGGAACAAAUACAAAGCACCUACAGAUUAUUGUCUGGUGCUAAAGCACCCACAGAUCCAGAAGAAAUCUCAGUACAUCAAGUACCUUUGUUGUGAUGAUGUGAGGACCCUGCAUCAAUGGGUCAAUGGUAUCCGCAUUGCAAAGUACGGGAAACAGCUCUACAUGAACUAUCAAGAAGCCUUGAAGAGGACAGAGUCGGCUUAUGAUUGGACUUCCUUAUCCAGCUCCAGCAUUAAAUCAGGAUCCAGUUCUUCAAGCAUCCCAGGUAGUUCGAAAUGCUGACAGCCAAUAUGAAGAAAUCUCUAUAGACUGACGGCAGCCCUGGUUAUUUCAGCAAGGUUCUUAAAACCAGAGCUGUACCUAAUGUCUAAAUUAUAAAAUAAAUUUUGUUUUGGUGGUUAGAGGGGACAAUAGCAUGGGCUAGUUCAUAAAUGUAUUUGAUAUGGAGCACCAUAUAGUAUAUAAAGUUUUAAAUCCAGGAGUGUUGUUAUAUAUAUUUAUAAAGUUUAUUUCAAACUCAAUCAUACUGCUGAACAACUGUGACUGUUAAUAUAUACCUGGGGAUAGAAAAGUUGCGUGGAGGAAGUCUGUAUACUCAGAAUCCAUGAUGAAACUGCCCUCCUUCCCCAUAGGUUUCCUGACAUUUCAGCAGAGUGGAAAUAACUAGAAUUAGUUCAGUAUCACUGUUUAAGCCAUCAGACUUACUAAAGUUUUCACAAGAAAUCAGUGAUACUCAAAAAGUGCAUAUUUUCAGAUUCCCACAUCCUUUAAACAAGUAUGCUAUGAUUACACCUUAAAAUAAAUGCUUCUUUCCCUUCAAAAUACUCCAUGAAUGAUAACUAUGUCCUCUAAAAGC